AUGCGGUCGUUGGUGGCGGUGCUCCUUUGUUCCGCAUCUAUACUCGCCUACCCGCGAUACGGCCAGUACGAUGCGGUGGAUCGCGAAAUUAAGGAGAAGCUCGUAGCGGAGAUCGUCUCCGAGACCCUGCAGAAGAAGUCAAAAUCGCAGAAGGAGGAUUUCGAGGUUCAAGGAUUCGGGUGUGAUCUCUGCGUGAGCACCAUCUACAGCAUCAACCAUAACAUUGCUCAAAUGAAGGCUUCCGCUGAAGAUAUGGUCAAGAAAGAUUGCGAAGCUUUGUUUGGAGGUGAUAACGAAGCGGUUGCUACCUGUAUCUCGUUGAUGAUCGACAAAAUCGAGGAGUACUACGAGAAGAUCGAACCAAUGAUCGACACGAAGCGAUUGUGUGUCAAAAUCGGAAUGUGCGUACGUAAGGAGGACGAGGAUCCGAUUACGGUAAAUUUUUCA